AAAAUCUAAAAAUUCAUCUCCUUCCCUUCAUAUUGUGCAACACAAAUACACACAUUUUCAAUUCUAAUCUAGAAAAAAAAAAUGUCACUGACAAUCCCCACCACCCUCUCCAAAUCCAUCUCCACCCCCAAAUUGGGCUCCUCAAAGCCGAGAACCGCCGCCAUAAUAUGCCAAGCUAACGCCCCCAACCAAGAAGACUCUUCUUCUUCCUCCACGGCGUCUCAGCUCAAAGCGUUCUCGGCGGCGCUGGCCCUCUCCUCCGUGAUCUUCUCCGCCCCGGUGCUCCCCGCCUCCGCUGACAUCGCCGGACUCACCCCUUGCAAGGAAUCCAAACAGUUCGCCAAGCGCGAGAAGAACGAGAUCAAGAAGCUCGAGUCAUCCCUCAAGCUCUACGCCCCCGACAGCGCCCCAGCUCUCGCCAUCAAAGCCACCAUCGAGAAAACCGAGCGCAGGUUCAAUAACUACGGGAAGCAAGGGCUCCUGUGCGGCGCGGAUGGGCUGCCCCACUUGAUCGUGAGUGGCGACCAGAGGCACUGGGGUGAGUUCAUCACCCCAGGCAUCCUCUUCUUGUACAUUGCCGGGUGGAUCGGGUGGGUGGGGCGGAGCUACUUGAUCGCCAUCAGAGACGAGAAGAAGCCGACCAUGAAGGAGAUCAUCAUCGACGUUCCCUUGGCCAACAGCCUCGCCUGGAGAGGCUUCAUCUGGCCCGUUGCUGCCUACAGAGCGUUCGUGACCGGAGAACUCAUCGAUCCCAACGUUUAAACCUCCGUUUUCGGGUAUUUUUUGGUUGGAUUUGAUUGGGUUGAGCUUGCUUUGGAGCAAUGGCUAAUGCUGUUGAUUGUUUGUUUUGUUGUAGGUGAAGAUGGUUGAGGUUGAGGGGUUGUGUAGUGUGGAGAAAGUCUUGUAUUUAUACAUGUAAACUUUGUUGUGUAUUUGGACUUGUAUUUGGAAUCAUUAAUUAACCAAGGAAAUCAUGAGGAAUGUGUUUCCUAGAA